AUCAAAGAAGGAAUUCUCUCUCUUUUUUUCUUCAACAGUAUUUCAAUUUUGAAAAUAAAAAGUAAACCCAAAACCCACACUCGUUAUACCAGCGUUUUGCUUUCUUUAUCUCUUCAUUGUCUGGUGUAUUAUCUUUUUUGAGUUCUUCAAGAAUUAUAGCAGUUGGGUUUAAAAUGGUGUCGUUUCCGUUAUUGUUUGAUCUGCUUUUCUCUACUAUUAAUCUUGUAUUUUCUACUUUUGCAUUUAUUGCCUUUUUUGUACAUCUAAUUUAACUUCUACUCGACGUUUUGUGCAUCCUAUUUUUCUGUCACUUUCUCGGAAGAUACGUUUUCAUGUCUUCUCAAUGAUUUCCAUUUUCCGCUCUUCUUGCCUUACGUUUCUGGAUUUUAUAUUUUCUUGAUUCAUUUCUAAGUAUCACGUCUUAAGUAAACGUUGACCUUGAAGUUUAAUUGUCAAAAUUUAUUUGCUACCUUAACCAAUCCACCCGUGGAAAUUUCUAGUUUUCUUGUUAGGGUUUGUUUAUUCCUAAUGUUUAGCGACCUGGGUAGAUGUGUCUUUUGUUAAAUAGUAUAAGCUUCCCUAGUUCUCAAUUACGUGCCGUUUCCUCUUUCUUACUCAGAUUUGAUAGGAUCAGCUUUUGUGUGUGUGUGAUUUCUAAUGGAUAAAGAUGUCAAGGAUGCUAAUGGAUUCACAAACGAGCCUUUGAUAACUGUAGACCCUGAAGAAGUUGAAAACCAUACUGAUGAUGCAGAAUGUUACAGUGAGUCCAACACUUUGUUGCCUCCUAGGAGAGGUGGGAUGUCAAGAAAUCCAGAAAGAGUGCGGAGAAAAGUUCAGUGGAACGAUAAGAAUGGGAACAAACUCGCGGAGGUUUUAGUAUUUGAACCAAGCUUCAUGGACUGGCUACAUUAACACAUCACUUCUUUCUUAUUCAGAAUAUAGUGGAUUCUGUGAAAGCCUCCAGCAACAUAUGCUGCAAUGGUCAUUCCUCGUACUAAUUACACUAAUGCGAAAAUCAAAUGGAGGAACCAUUUGCUUCCUAGAACCUUUGCUGCCAUUCUGUCUUUAUUAUUCUACCAAGGAGGCUGAGAUUAGGGACUGGAGUUGAGGAAUUAGCAGUUAGAAAUUGUGGGUUCACUGCCUUGUCAGAGAAGAUUCAUGGUCGUUCUGAUAAUUUUUCUCUCUUAUGUGGAAACUGUAUCCCGCUUCCUUCUUCCUCCUUGACUACUUUUCUAUGCUUGCUUGGAAUCGGAAUUUUAGAAAAAGGAUCACCAUAUGUUCAAAAAAAUGGAAUAUUCUGUUUCAGGAAACUACAUGAAUUAUUUUCCCUUUUCUGGUUGAGCAAGUAUGCUUCUUCCUUUUUUUUAUUAAUUUGAGGGGAAGAAUAAAGAGGGACCAUCUAUACUUAUCACUUGGCUGCGAGGGCCAUCUAAAAUUCCACUGAAACUUGUGUUUCCUUAGCCUUGUGUAUUUAAGUAGUUUAAGACCUGGGAAGGUAGGUCUAGCGAAGCUGUUCAUGGGCUCUUUUAUUCUUAAGGCAGCAUGAGUUACAUUCUGAAGAAUCAACUACAACCUGUGGUUUCCAGUUAUAGUGUAUUAUGUGGCUUCUGUAGUGCCAAGGCCCUAUAAUCAUAAUAAUAUUUGUCUAUUGUUUGAUAGACAUAGCUUCAAAUGUUGGCCUGCCCUCUAGUUUUUUGUAAAUAUUUGUAAAGAAUUGAUGAUGCAUUUUAGUUGAAAAGUGGUUAAUA